AUGUAUAUGAUAUGUGGAAUAAUUAUCGCAAUAACAGUUAGUGGUCGUGUAGUAGAGUCUGUGAAUUUGAAUGGAAGUGUAAGAAUAUCUAGAAAAGAAGUUAGAACAAAUUUAGAUAAAAAAGCAUUAAAUAGACUAGAUAAGAUAGUAUAUGAGGAAGUAGAAAUAUGGAAGGAAGGAAGAAGAAGACCCAUGGGAUUCAUAGGAAAUAAGGUCGUAAACACGAGAGAAUUUAGGCUAUACAAUGGGAAUACCGAAGAUAAGGAUACGAAGUACUGCGAAAACGUAUACAAGAGAGUCCGGUUCCCAACCAGAUGUGUAAAGAUAGGAAAGGUGACAAUAGGAGGAAACAACCCAAUCGCACUUCAAACAAUGACGUCCUGUGAUACGAACGACGUUAAGGAAACAGUAGAUCAAAUAUUAAAAGUACAAGAGUACGGAGCAGACAUGGUGAGACUGACAGUGCAGUCGCCGAGAGAGGUGAAGUCGUCAGUGCUGAUCAAGGAGAAGCUGACGUCGCUCAACUGCGACAUACCGCUGAUAGCAGAUAUACACUUCAACCCAAAAGUGGCGCUAAUGAGCGCAGAAAUAUACGAUAAGGUCAGAGUGAACCCAGGAAACUACGUGGACGGACGUAAAAACUGGGACACGAAGGUGUACGAUAGCUACGAAGAGUUUAAAAAGAGCGGAGAGUACAUAGAGGAAAUGUUCACUCCGCUGGUGGAAAAGUGCAAGCAGCUGAAAAAGGCAAUAAGAAUAGGAACAAAUCACGGGUCGCUGAGCAGUAGAGUGAUGAGUUUCUACGGAGACACGCCGCUGGGAAUGGUGAUGUCGGCAGUGGAGUUCGCAGAGGUGUGCAGAAAGAACGACUUCCACGACUUUGUGUUCUCAAUGAAGUCGUCGAACGUGUUCGUAAUGAUCCACGCAUACAGACUGCUGGUGAACGAAAUGUAUAAAAGAAGCUGGGACUAUCCAAUACACCUGGGAGUAACGGAAGCAGGCUCAGUUGACGAUGGAAGGAUAAAAAGUUGUCUGGGAAUAGGCUCACUACUGAUAGACGGGAUAGGAGACACGAUAAGAAUGUCAUUAACAGAAGACCCAUGGUAUGAACUACUACCGUCGAGGAAGUUGUUGGAGUCAGUAAAAGAGUUGUACCCAGAAAAGGAGGAAAGUAGCAAUGGUGACAAAAAAAGUGAAAGUAAAGAUGAGGAGGGGGAUUAUGAUAAGUGGAGAGACUUCAGAAACAUAGAAAGGAGGAAUGUGAAGUACGGAACGAGCAUGCUUAACUAUAACGAUGAAACUAAAAAUCAUUUGUUGAACCCGAAUGGGUCAGUAGGAACAAUACUGAAUACACAUCAUCUGAAUAACAGGAUUGAAUUGUACAAGUCGCUCGGGUUGGAUAUAGUUAAUGGCUUGCCGAAUAAGUCGCUUCAAAGCGUAGACUUUGUAAUAUUAGAAGAUGUACCAUAUUUUCAUGAAUAUAAUAAGCAGAGAGUAGUAAAGGAGCUGAUAGAAGGAGGAGUGCACGUGAUAUCGCCAAUAGCAAAACUAAGAUUUAAUCCAAUUAAGUUUACGAUAGGACUGGUAACAGUGAAGGAAUAUAGGAUGCUGAUAAGAAGUAAACCGAGCCAAUACUACUUUGAUGAAAAAAAUAAAAAUAAUAGUAACAAUAGACUGGUAGGAAUAAAUUUAGACGAAGAAAAUGGCGAAGGAGGAGGAGGAACGAUGGAGAGUGAAGAUGAGCUGGAAUUGAAUAGACUGAUGAAUGAAUUGAACAAAUUUGAAAAGUUGGUAGUUAAAAUAACAGGAAAUGAAACGGACGAGGAGUUGAUGGAAUUUUUCAACACAUACAAAAAACAAGCAAAUCAAUUAAAUAAUAAGGAGAAGAAGAAUGAAGUCGGAUUCAUAAUACUGGAGAUAGACAGUAAAUUGAAUUAUAUGUACACAGUGAGAAGAAUAUUUGGUUUGAUCAAUAAAACAAACUGUGACUUGCCAGUGAUACACCAACUGAAGUUUCCAAAUUUAGAAGAUCAACAAGAUAUGCUGGUAAAAAGUUGCUGUCUACUAGGAUGUAAUUUAAUCGAUAAAAUGGGAGAAGGGAUAAUAAUAAAAUCAAAAUUGCCAAUACAAAUAACGAAUCAACUGGCGCUAAACAUAUUACAAAAUAGCAGAAUGAGGAACAUAAAGACUGAUUUUAUAUCAUGUCCAUCAUGUGGAAGAACAUUAUUUAACAUUCAAGAAACCACUGAGGAGAUACGAAAAAGAGUUGGACACCUACCAGGAGUAACAAUAGCAAUCAUGGGAUGCAUAGUCAACGGAAUAGGAGAGAUGGCAGACGCAGAUUUUGGAUACGUAGGAGGGUCACCGGGAAAGGUUGACCUGUACGUCAAGAAGAAGCUGAUAGAAAGGAAUAUACCUAAGGAGAAAGCGUGUGAUAAAUUGAUUGAGCUAAUAAAACAACACAAUAAAUGGGUGGAACCAGUACAAACUCAAACAACACAAUAA